UCCCGGGGUAAGCAGAGCACUGCCCUGUCGCUCCGCGCCUGCUGUCCGGGCUCCGGGCGGCAGGCCUGGAUUCCGCCGCGGAGAGCCUGCUUCCAUGGGCACUUGGCCGGCGCUCUUCUGAACCAAGUGAAGUCCUACCUGCCUACGUAGAGGGUAGAGUCCUCCGGAGAGGAGACACUGGCAGGCCAGCUCCGGACAGAGACCAUGGCCAGCCCAGGGAAAGACAAUUAUCGAAUGAAGAGCUAUAAGAACAAUGCCUUAAACCCUGAGGAAAUGAGACGAAGGAGGGAGGAAGAGGGCAUUCAGCUUCGGAAACAGAAGCGGGAACAACAACUUUUUAAACGGAGAAAUGUAGAGCUAAUUAAUGAAGAAGCUGCCAUGUUUGAUAGUCUGCUGAUGGAUUCCUUCGUGAGCUCUACAACUGGGGAGAGUGUGAUCACAAGAGAAAUGGUGGAGAUGCUCUUUUCUGACGAUUCUGACUUGCAGUUAGCAACCACGCAGAAAUUCCGCAAACUUCUUUCCAAAGAGCCGAGUCCUCCAAUAGAUGAAGUUAUUAACACUCCAGGAGUAGUCGAACGGUUUGUGGAAUUUCUGAAGAGGAAUGAAAAUUGUACAUUACAGUUUGAAGCUGCCUGGGCUCUAACAAACAUUGCCUCUGGAACCUCUCAGCAGACCAAAAUUGUCAUUGAAGCAGGCGCUGUCCCCAUUUUUAUAGAGCUGCUUAACUCAGACUUUGAAGAUGUACAAGAACAGGCAGUCUGGGCUCUUGGAAACAUAGCUGGAGACAGUUCAGUUUGCAGAGAUUAUGUCUUGAAUUGUUCCAUUCUUAAUCCUUUGUUAACACUCCUUACUAAGUCCACACGACUGACAAUGACACGGAAUGCAGUCUGGGCCCUGUCAAACCUCUGCCGAGGGAAGAACCCUCCUCCAGAGUUUGCAAAGGUCUCUCCUUGUUUGCCUGUAUUGUCUCGACUACUCUUCAGCAGCGACUCAGACUUGCUGGCAGAUGCUUGCUGGGCCCUCUCUUACCUGUCCGAUGGCCCCAACGAGAAGAUCCAGGCAGUCAUAGACUCUGGAGUCUGCCGGAGAUUGGUAGAACUUCUGAUGCACAACGAUUACAAAGUGGCAUCUCCUGCCUUGAGAGCUGUGGGUAAUAUUGUCACUGGGGAUGACAUCCAGACCCAGGUCAUUCUUAACUGUUCAGCCCUCCCCUGCCUCCUCCACCUGCUGAGCAGCUCUAAGGAGUCAAUCCGGAAGGAAGCUUGCUGGACCAUCUCAAACAUCACCGCUGGCAACAGGGCUCAGAUACAGGCUGUCAUAGAUGCAAAUAUCUUCCCUGUAUUGAUCGAAAUCCUUCAGAAAGCAGAGUUCCGUACAAGGAAAGAAGCAGCCUGGGCUAUCACCAAUGCCACGUCAGGAGGCACCCCUGAGCAGAUCAGGUACCUGGUAUCACUGGGCUGCAUUAAGCCCCUGUGUGACUUGCUGACUGUAAUGGAUUCAAAAAUUGUGCAAGUAGCCCUCAAUGGACUAGAGAACAUUCUUCGGCUUGGAGAGCAAGAGGGCAAGCGUAGUGGCUCAGGGGUCAAUCCCUACUGUGGCCUCAUCGAGGAAGCCUAUGGCUUGGACAAGAUUGAGUUUCUCCAGAGCCAUGAGAACCAGGAAAUUUACCAGAAGGCCUUCGACCUCAUUGAGCACUACUUUGGUGUGGAGGAUGACGACAGCAGCCUGGCUCCUCAGGUGGACGAAACGCAGCAGCAGUUCAUCUUCCAGCAGCCUGAGGCCCCGAUGGAGGGCUUCCAGCUAUAAUGUCUGCCUCCGGGGAGGGGAGGGGAGGGGAGCACCAGCAGCCAGCAGAGGAGCAGCCUUCUGGUGGGCAGGAGAUCAGCCACCCCACCAGCAGCCACCGCACACCUGCUGCCCUGGAGACUGUGCUCUUGACCUGCUCAUCCCCUUCCCUGGAGGGAGCGCCCUCUGGACGGACAGAACCAUCUGAGGCUCACAGUGGGUUUUGAGACAAGAAGGGGACGUGUGGGUUUCUCUUCCUUACACUUUAUUUUGGCUGCACACAUGUCUUUAACCCAGGAGCCCAGGGGUAGACAAAGGAGGACUGAGGUAAUCAAUUUGCACCUUUAAAAUUUUUUUCUUUUAUUUUCUUUAGUGGUGACUUCCUUCCCAAUUAUCUUUCUUCAUCCAUCCCAGUCCUCUGCCCUGCCGUGUAUAACUCUGGGGUACUUGAGCAGAUGGAAUAUUCCAGAGGGGGGAGGGGGGAGGGGGAGAAGUCCAAAACAAAGUGUUCUUGCUCUGACCGAAUAUUAAUCUUGUAUGCUUGGAUUAUUUAAUUUUUUCUUUUGCACAUUUUUCUUGUAUUAAGGUUAUUCUUCCCAAAAAGCUGGAUUUAGGAACCCAGCUGCCAGCAUUGUCUGGAAAUAGAGGCUGAUGGGGAGGCCCCUGUGAGACUGAGGUUCCUCCCUCCCUCCCUCCCUCUGAUCUAUGCCUGAGACCUCUUUAGUUUGGGAGGAUUCCCCCUCACUCUCCUGGAGCAAGUAUCCCGUGGAGUGGAAGGGAGGGCCCAGGCCUUUAGACAGGGCUUCUCCUGUGUCGCUACUGACCCUGUUUCCCUCCCACCUCCUAAAUGGUGCAACCCAACUACAUUUGUUUACUUGAAAAUUCACCUCAGAGUUGAAUGAACCUCUGAGGUGGCUGUCUUUUCUCCUGAGCUUGAGAUGGAGGCUGUGGUCCUUCCUUCUCCUGAGGAGAAAGUCCUUGCUCUGAUGACCCCUAAGUUGCAGAGGAGGUUGGAGUUAGUGUCGUGUAUUGGGAUAGUCAUGAAUCCCUGCCUUUGGCCUUUCUUCUUCCUUCUGCCAUUGCUGGAUCAUGUAUAUUUCACUUCCAAAGGAGAGAAUGUCCAAAAGUUCUAGUUUUUUUUUUUUAGUCUGUAUUUUAAGUAGGUCAGUCUUAAUUGGUCUUAGGACAAACUGGAUGUGAUACAUGAGGAAGACCAGAAAGACAAGCUUCUGCUCGCAGGACUGAACUUGGUCCUUAUUUUCUCGGCUUGCAUUCUGGGCCAGCACUUGGGACCAACUCUCACUUCUGGAACCUUGAUGAAGUAAAUCAGCUGGGUCUGAUUGUUCCCAACCUAAAGGGAGCAAGGAGGGCCUCAAGGCCUGGUGAAGUCUGCUGCUCUGUUCCUUGCUUCCAAGCAGAAAGCAUCCUGCCUUCUCUAACUCAGUGUCAGCCACUGUUACCCACAAUAAGUCAUGACACAGCUGCCUCCCCUGUUACCAGGGAGCCCUGUCGGCAUCUCCCUUCUGAGGACCCUUGUACCUGGCUUGCAUUUCCCAUUUCUUGUGUGUUAUACAGAUUCCCCACCCCUCCUUCCCCUCCCUCCCUCUCUGUCUUUCCCUUCCUCUUUCCUCUCCCUCUCUGAGUAAAGCCAACUCAGUGCCUCAGUGGCUGGCCUGUUUAAGGGGUUACUCAGUACACUAAAACCGAGCACUGAGAGCAGGGAGUGGGGUGCCUUGUCAGACCAGCUGUGGAGGUGGCAGCAUGGUGCCACAUUGUGGUGACCCCCCAGUCCCCCUUACCUGCACUUUUCUCUCUAGAUAGCCCUGUUCUUUCUCCUGUUCCCUCAGAUCUCCCUGUGCCUCACAUGUGCAGAUCUAAGAGUCAGGUUCUUGCUGCUGGCCUCUGCCCUUCCAUCUGCUGUCUCCGUUAGCUUGGAGUUCCUGCUCCAGAUUCUAAGAAAGGUAGUUCAGGGCUGGCAGUUGAUAUUUGAUACUGAAAAGUUCAACCACCAUUGGACCACGUUGUUGAAUGCCUUCUGGGAAGGCAAGGGGCUGGGCCUUUUUUUACCUGGCUGAAACUGCUCCUAGUUCAAAGAAAAGUCCUCCAUGAUGACACCAUUGCCCUUAUCUGAAUAGUAGAAUACUGAACAUCUCAAGUGACAGUUAGGACCCUGGCCCUGGAGCCAGAUUCCUCAGCAUGAGACACCAAUGUCCUGCUGUCCUCUGCCCUUUCUCCGAUCUCUUGCUUCAGAGCAGAUCCUGUACCAUGUGGAAGAGGUUAUGUAUCUGACUGCUCUGGGUGUUCCACACAGAUCAGCUGUAGUGACACAGUCUGCUCCUGGCCCAUGGCUACAGGUUGCAGCUCUCCCCAGUGACUGCAGCCCUGGAAGUUGGUUGCAGCCUUUUGGUAUGGCCAUGUGAGUUCCAGCCUGAUCGGCACCAUUGUUACUUGGGUCUGUGCACACAAGUGCUUCCGAUAACCUGGUUUUGAAGACCUUUGGUGUUCCCGUUUCCUGGGACCUUGUAUUGACUGCGUCUCCUUCCUUCUACACCUGGCACUCAUCCCUGGGAGCCUGUGCUCUGAAGCUAGCCCUGGCUUAGAGCUGCAGUUGUAUUUAGCUGAGGGGAGGAAAAGAAGGUGCUUACUCAUGGAGUUUUUUCCUCUGAAACCUAGCCGGUACAAAGACACACUUGCCACAUGGAGGAAGUGUGUUUCUCCUUCUGUCUGCCUGCCAAGCUAGCAGCUCACGGCUCUCCAUGUCCUGGAGUCCUCUGCUCUCUUCUGUUCAGACCUUCUCUUCUCUUCCAGGCUCACUCACUUUGGUCCAUCCUCUUGGGUGGUCUUCGGGCUUAGAUUCUAACUUAUCAAAGGCAAAAAGAAGAGUUUCUCCAGGUCCCUGCAGACCCAGGAGAGAGACAGGAUGGUGUCGAGAGUCCCUGGCAGGCUGGGCUGGGGAGUGCGCAGGGCCAGGUGCACUGGGCCAUAGAUACUGAGCAGGCGCAGCCUAGCCGCACUUCCGGGAGCUGAUAAGAGAGCUUCCUGGCUCAUUCUAGACCAGUCUCAUCCAGUAUUUUUGUUUGUUUUACCUUUUAUAUUCUUGUGUUAAGCCAACAAACUGAGAAUUUGCCCCUCUAAGGAACCAUGUGGUGUGGAUACUAGCUGUUCUUUGGCCAAAGGCCUUCAUAGCUGAUUCAGUCUCCCAGUCCCACCCCAGAAUCAGACAUGCAUGGCAAGGGAAGAAUCUGUAAGGUCAACUCCAACCAAAUCUGAAUGAAAGCUUAUUUUCCUUCUGAGAGAGCAUCUUGUUAGAAGCCUGAACUAUGCAGGGCCAAAACUGGCUAUGAGAAGAGCAGAACCUGGGUAGUCCAGAUACCAGAGGGAAGGCUUCUGUGACCCCAGUGUCCUCGAGGGCUCGGGCUCACCUGCCUACUUCUAGGCCAGCCUGAUGUCUGAUGUUCACACUUGCGCGAGUUGAUGAUGCCCACCAGCCCUGCUCUCCCCUGGCUCUGAUUUUAAGGUUUUGGUUUAGAGAAAAAACCAAUAUAGCAUGUGUGGGGAGCUGUGAAGGAAAACUGAGACUGCCUAGAAACCUGUGGGGCUCACACCAUGAACCCUCAGAAGCUGGGCAUGCGUAUUGGCAUUGCUAGCCAGCUUUUUUGGGAAACAACCUUCUCUGGCCUAUUAUAUAAAUGAAGAGGGUAUGAGGUCUCAGCUACACCCAGCAGACGGAACGUCACCCAGGGACAGUUUGGGUUUCCAGGUAAGAACCCUAGAAAGGUGAAUUUAAUCCUCACAGGUUUUGUUUUCCAAAUUUAUUUGCUUUUAUUUUUCUAAGAACUGUAAACUCUAUUUUUUCAUGUUCUCAGGGCCCCUGGGUAGACAAAUAAAGCUUGAUUUCAGAACAGAAAUAGGCCAAGAAACCAUGGCAUUGAGUGUGCUGAGUCCAGACAAAUGAUAUUUAUAUACACAUCCAAAUUUGAAGAGAAAAUGUAUUUCUUUAGGUUUCAAACACUGUAAUAGAUACAAAGCAAAAAUAAAAACCUGUUGCAAAGUUCUAA